GUCGCAUUGCUGAAGGAAGUAUGUCUAAAAGCAGCUACAGAAAACCCUUCUCCUCAUUUCCAUGAGGAAGGAAACAUCGAGAUAGGCCCUGAAACCCAGAAUUUUCAGCAACCAUUCCUACUUCCGCAGAAAAAUUGAGAACAGACUUUUCCAGAAACCACUUUUGCCCUGGAAUGCCCAUAUGUUUAGAAGAGACUGAAGACCAAGGAAACAUCAGACAAGCAGCUCAAAACGCUGUCUCCUGGGGAUCAAACCUGUGGGAGAGCUUGGAUAAAAGUCACAGCAAAAAGAACAGUCUUUUACGGGAAAAAAAGAGAGAACACAGGGUGAGAAUUUCCCUCAGCAGGGGUAACAGCAACGGUUAUCAUGUUUGGGUAUCCAUCAGCAGAGUCAAAGAGCUGGCUCCCCAGGAGCUACGGGAAUCCUCAAGGGGCCAUCGGACAGCUGAAGAGUCGUUUGGAGGAUCUGAAAAAGCCAUGGCGGACAGAAAUCACUCCUUCAACAUUACAGCACAGUGAGACGGCUAGACUGGCUGUGGAUGCCUUUCUGGAACAGGGUGAAUCUGGCUACCUGCAAGCCAUUGUUCAGGAAAAGGAGCUGCCAUUUCUUUCCACGUUAGACAUGGAUUACAUACACCAACACAGCCAAAGCAUCACAGGUUCUCCCAUUAACGGGCAUGAGGCAGGGCUCACAAGAGAAGAUAGUGCAGACAGGGAUUCUCUCCUUUCUGGAGUUACAUCUGGGACCUACUUUCCAUUUAUGUCGGACAUCGAUCCCCCAGAGUUGGAGCUGGGUUGGCCAGUGGUACCACCCGUCUCAUGGUUUGAGAAAACAGAAGUCAAUUUGUAUUUCCAAAGAGACAAGGCAAACAACAUUAAGGAAUUAUUUCGAUCUCUAAUAAGCAAGGCCAAGAGAGUGAUUGCGAUUGUGAUGGACAUCUUCACAGAUAUGGAGAUACUCAGUGACCUGAUGGAAGCUUCAGGCAAACGACACAUCCCUGUUUACUUGAUCCUUGACGAAAAGAACUUGGAUCACUUUGCAGAGAUGUGCAGUAAAAUGGAUCUCGCCAUGGAUGACUUCCCAAACAUGCGCAUACGUUGUGUGAGCGGAGACACAUACUACAGUAAGUCUGGCAAGAAGCUUGCAGGACAAGCUCUUGAGAAAUUCAUGAUGACAGACUGUGAACAAGUCCUUGCUGGGACCUACAGUUUUACGUGGCUGUGCAGCCAAGUCCACACCUGCAUAGUGACACAGUUCAGAGGAAAACUUGUUGAGGACUUUGACAGAGAGUUCCGAUGCAUAUAUGCUGAAUCGAGAUCUGUGAAUAACCUCAGUGCCUCCAGUGCUGAAAGAUCCACUUCCUCCCCUCUUAGAAACUUGCCGAAAAUGGAGCCAGUUUUAAAGUGUUUACAAAUGAAUGAGAGUGACACCUCAAGCCCUUCGAGUAGCUCCUCCAACUCCAGCAUAGUAAGCAUAAAAAGAUCGCCAUAUCGAAACCAAGAGACCUCCACUGUACCCUCUGAGAAGAAAGAACUGGCUCCUGGUGAGUCAAGAAAAGAUGCACUUGGCUUCCUGAGGCUUUGUGACUUGAAACACCAGCCCACAGAGCACCCAAACUCGAACUACAGCACACCGGCAAAAUUAAAUUCUCCAUUUGAUGAUGCAUCUAAUCUUCUAAGAUUUAAGACAUCUUUGCUAUCGGUAUCUUCACCAAUGUUAGACACCAAAGCAAGAUACGGGCAUGAUUUGCAGUUUGGGACUGAGGAUAUUGGAAUAAACAACAAGUUCCUCUAUGCUGCUCAGCCUAUAGAAAAUGUAAACAAAAUACAGAAGGAUGAGAAACCAAUCAUGCACAGAUACACCAAACUAGAUCUCCUUAACAAGCCUAUUCAUCCACUAAAUAGUGACAUCAGAUAUACAGUUCCCUGCCCUUCUGGCCUCUGUGAUGAUGUGCCAAUGGAAAACAAAAGCCAUAUACUGAGGAGUGAGAAAAGGAUGACUCUUGGUCACAGUAAACUGGAUCUGAUUACUAACUAUAACAAAUCGAAACCAAAGCAGAUUCACAGUCGAUUUGAGCUGUAAUCUGUAUUCUGGGGUUUUAGCAAGUGGGUAACGAGUGUAGGCAUGACACCUAUAAUAAUAAAAAUAUGGACUUUCAACAACCCACAUUUUUUAUUGUUCUAGCUUUCAGAUUUGGCUGAACAAAAGCUGAGGCGGCAUCCUAACAAGUAU